GCUGCAAGCGCCGGCGCAGGUCACCUGCGCCGAGCCAAUUUCCGCGGGCUGGAUCUCCAAGCCUCGGCCUUUGACGGCGUGGACCUGAGCGGAGCGACGCUGGACGGCGCUGACCUCUCCGUCGCGACGCUGACCGACGCGAAGCUGGCUGGCGCCUCCUUGCGGCGCGCGCGGCUCCGGAAGGCGAAUCUGGCGAGGGCGGACCUCUCCGGCGCCGACCUGAGCGGGGCGGACUUGGCCGGCGCGGACCUGACGUCGGCGGUGCUGAGCGGCGCCUCCUUCCGCGGCGCGAGGCUGGUGGGCGCGGACAUGCGGCUGCACGGCGCUCUGGUCAGCGAGGCGCGCCUCGACUCGUCGUCGCGGCUGAUCGACGUGCGCCUCCGCGACGCGACGAUCCGUCACACGUCCUUCGCCGGCGUCAACCUGCAGGGGCCCUGCGACCUCUCCAACGCCUCGAUGGUGAACGUCUCUUUUCGCGGCGCGAACAUGCCCGAGGCGCGGCUGGCGCGCGCGGACGCGCGCGGCGUCGACUUCUCCGAGGCGCAGCUGGUGCUCGCCGACUUCAGCGGGGCGUCACUGCAGGGCGCCGUGUUCCGAGGAGCCGAGGUGACUGACGCGAGGUUCACGAGCGCCCAGCUGGACGCAACUGACUUUCGAGGCGCG